CUUGCAGGUCGUCUCAAGAUCCGCGUGAUCCCCACCAUCGCGCUGGUGAAGGACAACAAGACGAAGGACUUUGUCGUCGGGUUCACUGACCUCGGCAACCGAGAUGACUUCUCCACCGACGUGCUCGAAUGGAGGAUCGCCAGAGCUCAAGUGAUUGAAUACUCCGGAGACCUGCUGGUCCCACCCGCAGAGGGCAAGAAGAAGACGUUGCACGUGCAGAGCAAGCGGACCAUCAGGAGCCGAAAUGAUUCGGACUCGAGCGAUGGUCUCAGCGAUUGAUCACCUCCAGCUAGGCUAGAUGUGUGACUCUAGAAGCGCUAAUUGAGACUGGAUUCUUAACACCUAAAUCGAUUUUGUCAUGCAGUAUUAUGUAAUUGCAUAUUCAAUUUUUUAAAUUCUUAUAUUUUAGAACACAUACAAAUCCAUGAAAUGGUAGUGACACUCUGAAUGUUUAUGGCUGGUGGUGAUUGCUUACCAUAAGGCUGAUCACCACAUUGCUCACUGUGAAUAAAAAAUAAAUACAAAUAUAUCUUUAAACAGUGAUAUGGUGUAAAUUUUUGUGUUAUAUAUGUCUCCGCUAAAUAAUGAAUACUCUGGGUUUUGCAAUCAACUUUGCUACUAUAAAGAAAUAAUGUAACUUUUUAAUAUUUUGUAUGAUUCACAAUUUUUAGUUACAAUCUCACUUGUUUAUAAUCUUAUGGUUAUAUAUAAUAUAGGAAAAUAUAAAAAAAAGUAAUUAAAAGUAUUCAAAUUUUAUGCGCCUAAGGGACACCUCGCGCCAUCUAUUGGGGUGUCCUUUAGGUUCAUGAAACUGUAAGAGUAGAAGAGAUUCGAUGACUGUGGCGGGAUCACGGGCGGCCGAGAGGCUAGGCGUUGCUACGGUUUGGUAAAAAGACGUGGGGUUCUAAUCCCGUUGAGUGAUCGAAUUUUUUCUAUUUCAAAAUUUCUCAUUUAUAAAGCAUUUCUAUAAAAGUAAAAAUUAAGAUUUCUUUCACUUAUUACGGUAUUAAUUCUAAAUUUAAUGCAACAUUUACAUUAAUUCAGUCUAUAGACCCUUUAUAUUUGCAUCGAGGUUUCAAUUUAUUCCAUUGACGA